UGUAUCACCCUUCCAGGAUCAUAUUGAAAUUAUGAGUUUGGAAUCGGUUUUAUUUAUUUAUUUUUUGUUUAAUUUAUUUAUUUAGUACAAGAAAUAAAAAGAAAAAAAAAAUAAAUGUAAAUAAGUGGACCUAUAAAUUUGAAAAGUAAUCUUGAGUGGUUAUGGUCUUGACGAGCUGUGCAAGGAAGACCAAGUUAUCCCUGCGUGGCCCCCUUAAUGAGACAGACAUGGGUUUAUGGGUUACACUGCAGACAUUACAGUUACGGUAUGCAAUAUGCAAAUCAGUUCUGAAUUAAGUGACACAUUUAAUCUAAUAUUUAAUCCAUUAAACAUAUCAUUUUUAACUCUUUUUUUUUUCCCCUGUCCAUGUUCUAUUAGAGAGGCCUAAGGGCUUCCCCAUAUCAUAUAUUAAAUGCAUUUCAUUUUUGCAAAGUUUUAUUGUUCCGUAUUUUUUUAUUUUAAAAAACUGGGGGAAAGAAAAUGAUUCAGUUACUGACGUUUAUGUUCUCAUGUCCAUAUUGUAUCAAACAGGACUUAAAGGUCCAGGCAACUCGAGUCAAAUUGUGGUUAUAUUCCCCAGAACUGACAAUUGAUUGUCUUCUUAAUAUUUCUUUAUAUAUUUCUUCUUUUUAACCCAAUUAUAACCAUUAAAUUGUAAUAAACGCUAUUAGAUUAUUGUGAACUGUUCAGCAGAGAAGGCAGGUUAGGCAUGUAUUCUGCGCUAAUUAACAUUCAUAUCCGUAAGACACGUCACAUGUAAACCAUUCCUUAUCGCUAGCUAGAUUAGACCCGUAGCAUUGCGCUAGCAGACAAAACGAAAGAACGCAACAUAAAGUACAAUAACGUUGUAACGCUGAGCUACUGUACACCACCAUUAGACUCUAUAGCAAACUCCAGACGUUACACCCAAAUAACAAAAAGUCUGAUUUCACAUAUCACGUAUAGCUAUUUAAUUGUCACUAGUAAACAGUAGGCCUACUGACCGAUUCACCACAUUCAGUGACAACUUCCAGGUGAAAAUGGGCUCUGCAAAUAUUAUUAUUAUAUUGUAAUAUUGGUGUGCCCGUGGGCUCCAGAAAUAAAACCCAUUUCCUGUAGGUCUCUUCAAUUUUGUGAAAGGAAAAAAGCGUAUUGCUUUCUCUGCGUCCAGAGAAGGGGCAAUGCUAAGGCAUUUUCAGCAUAGCUUGGCUUACCUGCACAAAAGUGGCAAGAUAUUUACAUAUUACGUAGAAAAACGGCAGUUAUGUAGAAAAGAUUAAGCCCGCCCUCUGAAAAUCAGGCGUUUAGCCAAGGAGGAAACCAAGCCAAUUUUGGCACAGGCUUGUACUUGAGUUGCAAAACAAGCUGUGUUAUUCUCUAUUGUUUUUAAUGAAGUGAGAAAUAGGUGGAUACUAAAUUAUUCAGUUAUUUUUAAGUUUCCUUUUGAAUGGUCAUAGUGUAACGACGUAAAGAAGAGAAUGGGCCAUUCAGCCCAACAAUGCUCGCCAUUUUCCCAACACUAAAUUGUACCUAGUGCUCAGUUCACCUACAGACUAGUAUCUAGCACCAUAUGAAGCCUGGUCUUGGAAAAAACCCUGGAGUUUCUGCCUCCACUGCAUGACCUGGCGAGCUGUUCCACACAGUGACUACUCUGUGUGAAAAAAUUCUUCCUCAUGUCUGUGAUAACUUACCUUUUUGCUCAUCCUAAAUCUAUCCUCAUUCCUCAUUUAUCUUUCAUACCAGGAACCAAUUUAGGUGACUUUCUUUGAACCUUUUGCAUAUCUUCUAUAUAUCUGUCUUGUAGUACAGGUCCCAGAACUGCACGCAAUAUUAAGUACAGCUACCUGAUAAAGGUAGUGCUUAAGAUAAGUAUGUUUCUUUGAUUUAUACUUGAUACAUUCGGCUAUAUAUCCAGUUGGCCUUCUUUUUUUUGUUUUGUUUACUCUUACAGCACAGUACCUAGAACCUGAAAGCUUUCCAUCAAAUAUGACCUCAACCAGGGUCAUAUUGUUCAUUGUACAAUACUUGGAAUAAGGUUAUAAAAAGCGGAGAAUCCAAGUUAUCCAGUAACAGUUUUUUUUUUUUGCUUCCUGUUUAAAAAGUGGAAACUAAAUCAUUCAGUUUGAUUGCUUAAGUUUCUCUGUCCAUAUUCUGUUAAACAGGACAGUGUGAUGAGGGUCAUAUUUUGCCAUUAAAUCUGUCUCAGUUCUGGGCAGUCUGAACUUAUAUUUUAUGCAAAACAUGCUGGGAGACCAACAAAAAAAUUGUUUCCCCCUAUUUUUCAUUUCAUUCAAAAUAAUAGAGAAUAAUGAAACUAGUCUGGCACUGAGGUGACACUGGGCAGUAUGAAGUCAUAUUUCAUGCAAUAUGGACAUGGACACGAAGAAGUCAGACACUGGAGAAUUUGGUUUCCCCGUUUUCAUUUCAUUAAAAAUAAUACCGAAUCAUACAACCUUUUUAUCCACUUGGGUUUGUCAGAUUAAAGAGUGACUUUUGAUUUUGAUUCCAACCCUGUUUUGGCACAUCUGAUUAUACUGAUUAGCAGCUCAACGAGAUCCCUAGCUGUUGUUGAGGUGUACAUUGUUAGGGUUGGAGUGAAAACCUACAGGACGGUCGAUCUCCGGUCUAACUCCUUGCCCCUCCUCGUCGGUUCGAGUGUCUACUCGUGUUCUUUUGAUGCUGCGUCACGUCCUCCCGUGGGAAGUUUACAAGUGAAGUUUGCGAGCGCGGAGCAUUUAACGGAUUGUGGACCGCGGAAUUAGGCACGGCACCCACUUUUACUUGAUCUGCGGCUUUAUCUGUGAUGGAGAUUCAAGAGCCCCGGUCCUAACAGGUUUCGCCCGCCAUCUCCAUCGGCGACCCGCGAGUCAUGGUGCACUCGCAGUACGCGCCUUUGCCCUUGAUGUUGUGUUGCCGUGGCGUUGAGCAGCGAUGAGAAUUUACUGGAAAAGGACCUUGACCGCCGCGACGCUAUUCUUCACCUUCGUCUUCGCCUACCUCACCAUCAGCCAUGACAACUCUAAGCCAGACGAGGUGCAGUUGUUGGCCAGGGCGACUGUCUUACAGCAGUGGAAUUCAGCCAGGAGCCAGCAGGUGUUCCAGGACCUCCAGAACGACUCCGUGCCAUUCAAUGUGACCUACCGUUUUCUGGCAGGCUCUACUACACAGACCCGAAAAUUCCUCACUGUGGGCCUGUGCUCCAUAAAGAGGAAGCGAGGGACUUACCUGCUGGACACCCUGCAGUCCAUCUUCUCGCAGUCUUCGGAGGAGGAGCUGAGGGACAUGGUGGUGGUGGUCUUCUUGGCCGACUUCGACACGGACUGGAACGAGCGUACAGCGCGUGACAUCAGCGACCUCCUCCCUGUCCCCGUCCUCAGAGGCCAGCUCCUGGUCAUCCACGCCCCCCAAAGUUAUUACCCUCCCCUCGAAGGGCUGAAGAGGAACUUCAAAGACAGCCCCGCCCGUGUCCACUUCCGCUCCAAGCAGAACGUGGACUACGCUUUCAUCCUGGGCUUCAGUGCCAAGCUGUCCACCUACUACAUCAUGCUGGAGGACGAUGUUACUUGUGCCAAGAACUUCUUCACCGCCAUCAGAAAGUUCAUCCUGUCCCUGGGGCAGUCCUACUGGGUGACCUUGGAGUUCUCUAAGCUGGGCUACAUCGGCAAGCUGUACCACUCCAAGGAUUUGCCCCAGUUGGCCAAGUUCCUCUUCCUCUUCUACCAGGAAAUGCCCUGUGAUUGGCUGCUGAACCACUUCAACAAGCUCCUCACCCAAAAGGACGUCAUUCGCUCCAAUCCCUCUCUCUUCCAGCACGCCGGUCUGUAUUCGUCCUUUGGAGGCACCCUCAACCGCUUGAAGGACGACGAGUUUGAAGAGGAUCCUGGGGGCGUCGCCGACAACCCCCCCGCCAGCGUCCUGACGGACAUCACUCAGUUCAACGAGUACACCCCGGACAAGGCCUACGGCAACAGGGCCGGCUACUUCUGGGGGAAGUCCCCUGCCGCCGGCAACCAUUUCACCGUUGUGCUUCGCAAACCGGCCGUCUUCACGCGCCUCGUAAUCGCAACCGGGUCCAAGGACGGGAAAAAAGACAUCCUAAAAUCUGCUGAGGUGGCGGUGGGCCGGGACCGGGUGGAGACGCCUCAAGGACCCGCGUGUUCAAGGUACUUUAAUCUAGGCCACUUGGUCAAGGGCCGGUUCGACGCGAAGAACAUUCAGGAAGAAAUCGGCAGUUCUCUCUCUUGUCUGAGAAUCAAAGUGACGAACACACAGCAAGAGUGGGUUAUCAUUCAGAAGAUAAACAUUUGGAUCAAGGACAAAAAUUAGAGUUAAGAGUUACUGAGGUAAUUUGUCUGGGGGCAUGGACUGCAUAGAGCACAUAUCAGGGACUUGUCUAAACAAGGGAACAGGGGUUGCAUUGCACUAAUACUGCCCACACACGCUCAUGCUGCUUCCGUGAAGGAAUUUAAUUUUUCUUGUGACUACUUGUGAUUUUAUGUUCACACAUUAUUGUGGUAAAUUAAGAUUACACUUGUAAAAACUUAUGCAAUAAAAAAUAUGCAAUACACGCUUAAAA